AUGGAAGAGAUCAAGAACCCGUCAGGUACUUCCCUUUUGGUACCAUCAGUUCAGGAGUUGGCUAAACAAAAUUUGAAGACCGUUCCACAGAGAUACAUUCAGUUUCAACAUCAAGACAUGGUCCUCGUCUCUCAAGUACCUGAUAGUAUCCUUCAGAUUCCAGUUAUUGACAUGCAGAGCCUGCUUUCUGAAGAAUCUGGGAGUUCAGAAUUGGAUAAGCUUCACCUUGCAUGCAAAGAGUGGGGAUUCUUCCAGCUGAUAAAUCAUGGAGUUAGCCCCUCCUUGGUGGAGAAAGUAAAGUUGGAGAUGAAGGAAUUCUUCAGCCUUCCAAUGUCCGAGAAGAAAAAGUUGUGGCAGAGACCACAGCAUAUGGAGGGUUUUGGACAAGCAUUUGUUGUGAGUGAAGACCAAAAGCUUGAUUGGGCUGACCUUUUCUUUAUGACUGUUCUUCCAAAACAAUUGAGAAUGCCCCAUUUAUUUCCAAACCUCCCUCUUCCUUUCAGGAGAACUUUAGAACUUUACUCUAAGGAACUUCAAAAUCUAGCCAAGGUUCUUGUUGAAAAAAUGGGAAAAGCUCUGAAGAUGGAAGAAACAGAAAUGAGAGAGUUGUUUGAAGAUGGAAUACAAUCUAUGAGGAUGAACUAUUAUCCACCAUGUCCUCAACCAGAGAAGGUUAUUGGCCUCACACCCCAUUCUGAUGGAGGUGCCCUCACUAUCCUUCUACAAGUGAGUGAAGUAGAAGGGCUGCAGUUAAGGAAAGAUGGCAUGUGGAUUCCUAUCAAACCCCUCCCUGAUGCCUUCAUUGUUAACAUUGGUGACAUGCUGGAGAUUAUAAGUAAUGGAAUAUACAGAAGUGUUGAGCAUCGUGCAAUAGUGAACUCUGAAAAAGAAAGAAUUUCAGUUGCAACAUUCCACAGUUCAAAACAUGAUGGUGUGCUAGGUCCUGCAGCAAGCUUGAUCACUGAAAAAACACCAGCACGGUUCCAAAGAAUUGAAGUGAAGGGGUUUUUGGCCAACCUUUUCGCUCGUAAACUUGAUGGAAAGUCUUACCUAGACACCUUGAGGAUAUAA